AUGGCUCCUAAGGGUAAUAAUGUAAUCCCAAAUGCUCAUUUUCACAAGAAGUGGCAAACUCGUAUCAAAACAUGGUUUGAUCAACCAGCUCGCAAGCAAAGACGCCAUCGGAAGCGUAUGACCAAAGCCUUACAGAUUGCGCCUCGACCUGCAGCUGGUUUGUUAAGACCUGUUGUAAGGUGCCCAACAGUGAGGUAUAACAAGAAGUUACGUCUGGGACGUGGAUUUACCCUAGAAGAGUUGAAGGCUGUUGGCAUAGGAAAAAGAGUGGCUCGAACAAUAGGUAUUAGUGUGGACUAUCGUCGGAGGAAUCGAUCUUUGGAGUCUCUUCAGCAAAAUAAGCAACGUUUAAGAGAAUAUAAAUCGAAGCUUAUAUUGUUCCCGAAGAAGAGUAAAGCGCCCAAGAAGGGAGAUAGCAGCCCUGAAGAACUUAAAUUAGCUACCCAAUUGCGUGGCGUUGUGCUUCCGAUAAAGAGAAAGCCUAAGAAGAAUAAGCCGAGGGAAAUUACUGAUGAAGAAAAAGAAGCUAAAGUUUUCCGUCAUCUACAACGUGCACGUAUCGACGAACGCUUGAAAGGCAUUCGGGAAAAGAAAGCUCGGGCAGCUGCAGAAGAAGGAAUAGGCGGGGGCCGAAAAUAA